UAAAAAAAUGGCCCGCCAUUUACAGUUGAAGCACAUGGAUGAAACUGAUGUUGCCCACGCUUUUAGCUUUCCACUUGGCUCCAAAGAGAGAAAGAAACGUCUUGAGUCUUUAAGAAAUAAGGGUGACUGGCGACAUAAUCAGCAAGUCCUAAAGGAGGGCAAAGGGGAGAUUGUUACAUGGAAACAGCCCUCUAAAAAUUCAUCUGUUAGUGACUAUUUGCCCUGCCAGCACUGCUUUGCUAUGUUUAAAAAAGUAGACCUAUGGAGACAUGACAAAACUUGUAGGGAUAAAAAUGAAAACUCUGAUGUAGGAACAAAAAGAAAGCGCAUCCAAUCUGUUUCUUCCAGACUUCUUCCAAUGCAGACAUCAUCAGACGGAAUCCAAAAUGUAAUCCAUAACAUGUUACAAGACAAUAUCACUGCCCACGUUCGAGGGGAUGAGAUGAUAUGUAAAUAUGGACAUUCACUGUUUGCACGAAAAGGACGUGAACAAUCUCAACAUCGCUAUAUUGCGCAGAAAUUGAGGGAACUGGGUCGCUUUGUCUUGGCAGCUAAGAAAAUUAACCCAAAAAUUGGAGGACUCAAAGACUUAGUUGAUCCAACCAAAUUUAACCUGGCAAUAGAAGCAGCUAGAGAGGUGUCACACUUCAACCCAGACAAGACAGAGUAUGGAAAACCUUCAACCGCUGUGAAAAUAGGCUUUUCACUCAAAGCAGCAACUGAGACCUGGAUUGGUCAUUGUAUGAUGGUGUCAGAUGUUGUUGCUGAAAAAAAGACUAAGAAGUUUAAGGAGCUUCUCGACAAAAUGUGGUCAAACUAUGUUGCAACAAAUGCCCACAGUUCCAUGGAACAAAACAAAUGGAACAAAGAUGAAAGUGUUCCUUUAACUAAAGACAUUCUUGUGCUGCAGAAUCAUCUGAGGGCUAUAGAAGAUAAAGCAAAGGCUGAUCUUAAACAGACUGUAACAGUGGCUGCAUACAAAAGACUCAGUGAAAGUCUUCUGGCUCAAGUCAUAGUGUUCAACAAGAAACGUGAGGGAGAAGCAUCAAGGAUAACACUAGAGAUGUUCCUGAAAGCUGACUCUGGCCAAGUCAACAAGGACAUUUAUGAGACGCUGUCUCCUGUGGAGAAGAUUUUGAGUCACAGGCUUACCAGGAUGGUAACAAGAGGAAAAAGAGGUCGGAAGGUACCUGUUCUGUUUCUUGACCGCACUAAAGCUUCCAUUGAUUUUAUGAUUGAGCUCAGAGACAAAGUUGGGGUUCUUAAGGACAAUCCAUUUUUGUUUGCAAACAUUGGCACCACAACAAAUAUUCGUGGCUGUGACUGUUUGAGAAAAUUUUCAAUUGAAUGUAAAGUGGAUAAUCCACAACUGCUCAGAUCCACCAACUUGCGAAAGCAUGUGGCAACAUUGUGCCAGCUGCUGGACCUCUCCAACCAAGAGCUUGAGCAGGUAGCAAAGUUUAUGGGGCACGAUAUCAGAGUGCACUGUAACUACUACAGACAGACUGAUAAAACCUUCCAAGUAGCUAAAGUUGGAAAGCUUCUAUUUGCAAUGGAAGGUGGAGCCGAAGCACUUAAAGGAAACAGUCUUCAGACCCUGGAUUCAGCAGUCUAUGCCCAAACAGAGAUUCUAUCAAGGAGCGAAGAGGAGCGCCACUCCAGUAUGUAAGAUUGUCUGUGUUGUAUAAUACUGUCAGCAAUACUAGUUAACUAUAACACAUAACACAACAUAGGCACUGCAUAAACUAUGAGUGGGUUUAUAUACUUCUUCC